AUGGCGGCCCUUUCAUUUCGCAGCACUUCACUGUCGCCUGGGAUAUGGCUCAACAAGGAAGGUUUGCGCGAACUGGCCGCACAGUUGCGACGACAAAAGGUUCCGCUGGAUUACUUUGGUCAGGCUGUUGGUCAGGUCAAGAGAGUCGAGCUAUCGUAUGGCCCUGGUGGCGUCAGCCGUGGUAUCGCCACAGUCGUGUUCCACCACGCCGACGGCGCCAGCAAGGCUUUCUCUGAGCUGAACGGUCUGCUUAUCGACAACCGUGCUGUGAAGGUCGAGGUUGUCGUUGCCAAGGCCGAGCUUAUCCCUCAGCCGAAGCCUCUGGGCCAGCGCAUCACGCAGCCCAAAGCACAGCCCAAGUCCGCCGCCACUGACAAGCGUGCUGGUAACGCUGCCAAGGGAGCUGGCAACCAGAAGGCCAACAACCAGAACAACGGCAACAAGAAGCCCGGCCAGGGUCGUCGUGCGCGUAGCGCCCGCCCGGCCAAGAAGACCGCCGAGGAGCUUGACUCGGAGAUGGCCGACUACUUUGUUAGCAAUGGUACGGCCACGAACGGCACUACUGCCCCGGCCGCCGCUCCCGCCGCCGCCGCUGCCGCCCCUGCGGCAGCGACCGCUGACGCCCCGAUGGACGACGAUAUUAUGUAA